UGGCAACCUUGCAUGGUGCUAGUGUAUCAAAACAAUUUUGAUAUUUCUUUUUCAGUUUACAAUUGAAACCAAACAAAGUCAUGGGUAAACCCCGAGAUAAAGCAAACAGUAAUCAUAAAGGCAGAGGUGUGAAAAAAGGGGAAAACUCUGUGAAAUCGGUACGUGGCAGGAAAACGGAAUGGUCUGAGCAGUCUGAUGGAGUUUCCGUAGGUUUAGAACGAUUGCAUGUCCGUGAGAGCGACGAAGGAAGUGAAAGUGGAACUGACGAUGGAUCGUCGUCAAGUGGUGAUGAACAAGCCCAAUUCCCUGUAGCUAUGUGGGAUGUAGAGCAGUGUGACCCAAAGAGAUGUUCCGGAAGGAAGCUUUCACGUUUAGGAAUGGUCAAAAUACUGCGUCUUGGUCAGAGGUUUAAUGGUCUUGUUUGUUCCCCCAUGGGGGAGAAGUGUGUUUCUCCCUCUGACUACCCUAUCAUUAGUGAGCAUGGUGCAGCAGUAGUUGACUGUUCCUGGGCCAAAAUCAAUGAAACACCAUUUCAUAAGAUGAAAUCAGCAAAUCCAAGAUUGUUACCUUAUUUAGUUGCUGCAAAUCCAGUAAAUUAUGGAAAGCCAUGUAAACUGUCAUGUGUAGAAGCAUUUGCAGCUUUAUUUUAUAUCACAGGCUAUCAGGAUUUGGCAAAAAAUUAUCUUGCUAAAUUUAAAUGGGGAAAGACAUUUAUAGAACUCAACCAAGAGCUUCUGGAUAAAUAUGCUGCUUGCAGUGAUAGCACAGAAGUUGUUCAAGUUCAGCAACAACAUAUGAAGUUGUUGGAGGAAGAAAGGAAUCGCAACAGAGAUGACAUUGAUUUGCCGCCCGAAGUGUUAGAUGAAACAAGCAGUGAUACGGAAGAAGAUGAAUAAACAAUAUAAAUUAUUUAUUUUUCUUCUGAUUGGCGAUGUUGCCGAUGUACAGAAAAUAAACUGGUCUCGUCAUUGCCAA